GCCAUGGGCGGCUACUACGGCGCGGCGUACGGGCCGCUUGGAGCCAGCAUGGCCGCCGCCGCCGCUGCAGCUGCCCAGCAGAACGCCAUCUCUGCUGCGCUGACGCCUAACGCUCAGGUUGGCUCAUCAAUGGACAUGUCCAAAUACUCGAUCGAAGCGGAGAAGUACAGGAGCUACGGCAUGUACGACCCCUCCCGAGGGUACCUGGACUCAGCAGCGCUGUCCAAGGCGUACAUGUACAUGGACCAGCAGCAGCAGCGCUCCUACCCCAUGGAUAUCAGCAAGAUGUACUCCGAAGCCUCCGCUGCAGCCAUGGCCGGACUCAGCUCAGCCGUCAACUCCGCACCAUCCAGUCUCUCGCCGCGGUCACCGGCUGAGUCACCAGACAUGACCACAAAGGCCCAAGACAGGCCUGAAGGCAGCUCCUCUUCAGGAUCAAACCCCUCGCCUUCUCUCCCGUACUACCAGUCUUCGCCAAGCAUCUUAAUGCCUCAAUACCCAGGACAGUAUGCGCAAGCCGCGCAAGGAGGAUCAGAAUUCAGGAGGCCGCUAACAGUCAUAUUCUGACCUGACACGUAAGCGUUGUUGUUGUUAAACUGACUUUCAUUGUUGUUUUUCGUGUUCGUGUAACUAUCAGCGGUUUUUUAAACGCAGCGUUUUGUGCAUAAACCAACUUGGCAUCAGUGUUUAAUGUACGCGGUUAAGGUUGCUGAUUCUUACGUCAAUGCGGAUUUCGUUUAUUGUUUAAGUAGAAAUUGUUUAGUUUUUGAUUAUCUUAUUUAUGUUUUUAUUUUCGCUUUAAUAAUCAGUGAUUAUUUUACUACUCACGAUACCUUUCGUGAUUUUCCAAAGUUCCUCUUUGAUUUUCCUUUUUAUAGUUUUAAGGAUUAAGAAAUAUAAUAAACAGAAGUAGGUAACGUUUAAAUAUUUGUAAAGUGUACAUAGUAAAUAGCUAUCUAAUAAAUAUUUUUAGAUUAAAAUUGUAACUGAGCAUUGCUGGGAAAAGUGUUUCAUCUCCACUGAUUUUUAUCAUUUUGAAAUUAAAGAUGAUAUUAUAAAUAUUAUAACUGCUGUUUACACUUUAGUUUCAUUUUGUUUUAAAUCAGCCAAAAUCACAUAAAAAUGUAUUUAAUUAUUUUUUCGUUUUCUUGCAUAUUGAUU